CGGCCACGCCCCCCCGGCCAGCAGCGGCUGCGGCGCUUAUGGGGAGAUCGUUGACGUCAUCAGCGUGCGCCGAAGGAUUGCGUCUUUCCUCAGUGCAUGGAGCCGCGGUGACAGGGGGAAGAACGGAGUGUGUGUUCCCGGUGUCUGUAAUCGAAGGUGACCCCGUGGGAUUCAUGGCUGCUGUCUUCUACCGAAGAUUACAAAGAGUGGUUUUCCAGGCGCCUGCCGUCUCAACAUCUAAAUGGGCAUGGAGUAAAUCUCCUGUUCAACUUGGAAGAAGUUACCUUUUUCAUUCGACCAGCGAUGCUAACCGAAAGGAGAAGGGUCAUCGGGAGUCUCCAGAUACUAAUGAAGCUACUACAUAUGCCGCUCAAGUAACUGACUAUGACGAAAAUGAAGUUUAUUCCUUCGAUGAUUACCAAGAACGCGUUUCUGUACCACCAAAAAAGAAGUAUGCUACUAGCCCGCGGUUUUUACUCAAAAAUAAAAAGAUAAACUUGAACCUAGAUCACAGAGAGACACCUAGAUCUCAAAAACCUCAUAAGAGCAGUUUGUAUGAGGCUUUAGAAACGUAUAAUACUAAGCAAGAUCCCAGGGCUUUUCAGCAGCAUAGACCAGAAUACAAAUCGAUGUGCUACAACUCCAAGUGUCUUAUGGAAACCUCCACUGAGGAAGCUGAGGGCAUUCUGAAAAGAGUUACUGAUGGCCUCACAGCCAGUGAAGUUUCAGAAUUCUUCGAAAAACUUAGUUAUUUACCUAAAGUAAAACUGAGAUCUAUUAAAACAAACGCACAAUUGGAUAUGCUCUGCAACUGCAGCAUUUCAAACCUUCGCUUGUACACAAACUCAGAAAUCGUCAGGAUUCUUGGUGCUCUUGUACGUUUUGAAAUGUACACAAGCCCCUCCAUGCUAAAAAAAUUCGAGCAAGAGGUUUGUCUUAGGGUAUGGACUUUAUCUACCAAUGAGUUGUUAAUCGUGGCAGAUAGUUUUAGGUAUAUGAGUUUUAGCGUGCCAAAGUUCUUGGACAUCAUGUACAGCUGUAUGCAGCUACGUUGUUUGGACUUAAGCUUGCCCCAGUUAAUGCAGUUGAUAUAUGUUGUCGGUGAGGGGAGGCAGGCGCCACAGGAAUUACUAGAGAAAAUUGAGGCAAUGGUUCUGAAAUAUAUAACAUCCCUUAACAUCGAAGAAAUCGGUACGGUCUGUCUUGGGUUUUUUAAAACUGGCAAUGGAUUAUCAGAACACCUCAUGAAUCGAUUUGGCGAUAUCUUGAUAGAAAAUUUAGAGCAAAUGAGCAAUUACGCCUUAGUGAGUGUGCUUAAAAUGUUCCGUUUCACCCGUGUAGGCCAUAUCAAGUUUUUUAAUCAAGUUGGAAAAGAUGCCUCUAAACGCGUGCCGGAAAUGACAAUGCAGGGGAUCAUGCACUAUGUCUUGACCUUUGCUUCAAUGCACAUACUUAAUGAGGACCUCAUGGAUGCUGUAGCCUUGGCUAUCCCCGACAGGGUUUCUUACUGCAGGAGCAAAGACCUUGCCAAGUUCUUGUGGUCUUUUGGUGUCCUCAAAUAUGAACCACCUAAUUCCGACGUCUUCUACUCUGUUUUUAUCAACCAAAUCCAUAGAAAUCUGGAGGAAUUUGAAAGAUUUCCUGAGCACUUCCUUACUUGCUUGUUGGGGCUUGCCUUCUGUCAACAAUUUCCACUCCAUCUGAUCGAUUUCGCCUUGAAUAAGAAUUUUGUCAUGCAGUCAAAUAAGCUAAGUAUGUCCGAACUUAAAAAGGACCUCUUUACUAUUGCUGUUACUGUGGAAAUAGAAUGCCCUCAAUACACUGGUAAUGCCAUCUCAUCAGAAUUUCGCAAAGAAAUGACGGACAUGCUUGUGGAACUUUCCACCCUUGAAAUUUACACAAGAGAAGAAGUGAUUGAAGCUGGAAUGUUGUUGCCGAUAGUUUUGGGUGGACAGCAGUAUGUAAAGGAACAUAUGAUUUUGCCUCAUACAAGAUCCAAAGAUUUUGAAGUCCACUUGGAUGUGAAUAGAAAGCCUGUUGCUAUUAAUUCUGUUAUUGAGGAGCUUGACCAAACUUUCAUUAAAUACCGUCAUGUUAAAAUCAGUGAUGACCUCAUAAGUAAGUUAACAAAUGCCAGCUCAAAGAAUAGUGACGUCGUGAAUCCCAACAUUGUUGAGGACUUGUCGAUGAACUGUCCAGAGGAGAAGAAUGAAGAUCCACCUAGCCAAUCUGAGGUUACCAAGUUGGCUAUCCAGGUUACCAACCGCAAUCAGUACCGCUACGGUUCCAAACAACUUUUGGGGCUCCACGCUUUGAAAAGACGUCAGCUGCGUAAGCUGGGAUACGUAGUGGUCGAAGUUCCCUUUUGGGAAUGGUUUCCUCUUGUUAAUUGUACGCGAUCAGAAAAGCUGGCCUACUUGCACCAUAAAGUGUUUAGCUCUGUUCAGGUUAAAUGAUGGAGACUUUUGUGUUCAAUAAAAUGGUUUAUAUUGUAGUA